UGACUCAGAAUAAAUUCAUGGAUGGUCAUUUUGUGGCAAUCGAAGAUCUGGAGGCGUUCUUAGCUCAAGAUUCUUUGAACUAUUGGCCGGUGAAUACAUCGGCCGGCUCCGGCGAUAUAGGUUCUUCGAGUUUUGAUGACUGGUGGGAUCUCGAUCAGCAAGGAUUUGAGUCUGAUCUCUUCAUUUCUCCUUUGGAGGUUAAUAAUGAUGGAUCAAAUUUCCAACCCCAACUUGACCAAGCUGAUGUUGAUGAUCUUGCUAAGCUACCUUCUUAUUCUCUUCAUCAUCAACAACUAAAUUUUCAACAAGGACAGCAGUUGUUAAUAGAACAUCUAGAACAAGAUCAACAACAACAACAGACAGUGUCAUCAGAGAAGCCACAGGAGGAGGAGGAGGAGGAGGAAGAAGAGGAAGAGGAAGUGGAAGUGGAGGAGGAAGAUGAGGGGGAAGGAGAAAGUGAUGGUAAGAAACACAAUAAGUCGGGAAGAAGCAGGAAUUUGGUAUUUGAAAGGAAGAGAAGAAAGAGAUUGAAUCAACAGCUUAUGACACUCAGAUCUAUUGUUCCCAAUAUCACAAAGAUGGACAAGAGAUCGAUUCUGGUUGAUGCUUUGGGUUAUCUUCAAAAUGUAUUACAAGAGACAGAGAAUAAGCUGGAGGAACUCAAUCUAAACUCUGUUUCUUCAUUGGGUACUGUUGCCCCCUCCUCUUCCUCCUCCUCCUCCUCUUCAGGUGAUCAGGAGUCCUGCACUACCAUUGUGGAAGAUGAAAUUCCACCAGCGGCAACUAGUACUCUUACUCAAGAAUGUGAUCGUUACGCAUUAGUUCCCACUGUUACCAAGAUGGAAGCAAGUAUGUUGGAUGAAGAGAGAUUCAUAUUGAAGAUUUGUUGCAAUAAGGCAGUGGGAGCAGUGGGUUUAGUGCAGAAGGCUAUUGAAAUGCUAGCAGGUUUGCAUGUUACAUGUGCUUCGAUUGAUCAGCUUGAUGAUCAUCUCCACAUGCUCACUACUACUUUCCUCCGUGUUAGGAAAAAGGGUGUUAUGACACAAGAAAAGCUUUUGCAACAAUUUAGAACAAAUGCAACUAAGUUGGGUCUUUUGCUGUAAUUUUAACAAAGAAAGAGGGAACACCAUAUCGUAGAUCGAUCAAUCUUUCUUACC